AUGCUGAAGGGCAAAGCACCACUAUGGGUCAAUUCGAGGCGGCAGACGAGGAAUGCCCGCUGGAAUGCCGAUGCUCAUUUGCGGGCCCACGAGCGAAGCGUGAAGAUUAGCGACCAGGCGAUAAUUCGCGUCGACACAUGCCAACUGGCCGCCAAUCGGCCGAUCGAAGAUUUUUAUUCGGCUGCCAAAUGCACAUCAUCAAGCGCGUAUUUAUUCGGUGUUUUCGACGGUCACGGCGGGUCGUAUUGCAGCCGAUACGCGUCGACGAAACUAUUUCCCUACAUGUGCGCCUCGGUGUUGAAGAAACACGAGUCAAAAGAAAUACCCGUGGAACGACGGUGCGAGUGGCUAUUUUCGUCUGCGGAUCAACACAUCCAUCUACCAACACAGUUACAAGGCGAACACCGAAAUAAUAUUCGAAGAUUCCACCGCGAUUUCCUGGAGAAGCACAACGAGCUGGGGACGGUCAGGAAGGCCGUUCAGUCUGCGUUUCUUGCACUCGAUGAGGACAUCUCGAAGGAGGCGCUUCCUGAUAUGAAGGGACAAGUGGACAGGUUAUGCGCAAUGACUGCCGCUUCUGGGUCCUGCGCCACUGUUGCUCACAUCAGAAAACGACAUCUCCACGUGGCAAAUAUUGGGGAUGGUGCAGCCGUAUUGGGGGUCAGUUCCGCGAGUGGCGGCGUCUCCGCUCGACAACUCGGCCGAGCUCACUGUUGGGAUAACGCUGAGGAGGCAGAGCACCACAUUUCACAGCACCCCGUUUCCGAGUCACAGACAAUAUUCCAGGGAGCCCGGCUUCUCGGCGAGCUGUAUCCGCUUCGAGCAUUUGGAGACGUCCGCUACAAGUGGCCGAAAGAGCUGCAAAAGGUCGUGCUCGAGCCGAUGGGGUCGCCGGCGCCACACCACCUCUACACACCGCCCUAUCUGUCGGCAAAUCCGGAUGUGCUUUAUCAUAAACUGACGGUUAACGACCGUUUUUUGGUGAUCGCCACCGAUGGCCUCUGGGAAUGGCUGGAUGCGGAUACCGUGGUCCGACUCGUCCAUGACCACACGCUCGGCGCGAUGACGCUGCAGCCGUUCCGGCCUCGAAUCGGCAUGAACUUGAAUCAGGUGCUCGCGGAGCUGAAAGAACGACGCCGCGGCGACCACAAGAAGCCGAUCGACGAUAACUGCGCCACGCAUUUGAUUCGGCACGCGCUGGGCGGAGUGUUGGGCGGCACAAAGGAGCAGUACCAGCGGCUCAACGACAUAUUGCAGGUUCCCCCCGGAAUGGCGCGUAGCUAUCGGGACGACAUCUCCGUGAUCGUCAUCCAUUUCGACGAGAACUACGUCUCGAUGCCCUGUGACGAACACGAAGUUACG